UGCUCCUCCUGAACUUGGGGCGCUUUAGUCUUUAGGCAAAAAUAAAGAAAGUGACACUUCAUUCUCAUGAUGGCAGACUUUUAUUUGAACCUGAUCACCAUGGAGAAACGGACCAGUCGGACAUGUCUGGAUGGCAAUGGUAGGGAAUAAUCCAAAUCAACGAUGCCCAAAGCGCAUGGAGGGACCCUGUGAGACCAUCAACUCCAGUUCCAAAUGGCAGAGCUUGAGGUUUGCAGAAAUCUGAGCUUGGAGCGUGUGGAGCGAUGCAUGUGCGUGAUGCAGUCCGGGACGCAGAUGGUGAAGCUGAAGGCGGGAUCCAAAGGACUGGUGAGGCUCUUCUACCUGGACGAGCAUCGCUCCUGCAUCCGCUGGAAGCCUUCGCGCAAGAGUGAGAAAGCCAAGAUCACCAUCGAUUCGCUCUACAAGGUGACAGAAGGCGGUCAGUCAGACAUCUUCCAUCGGCACGCAGAGGGCAGCUUCGACCAGGCCUGCUGUUUCACCGUGUAUCACGGAAACCACAUGGAGUCCCUCGACCUGGUGACGUCAAACGCAGAGGAGGCCAGGACCUGGAUAACUGGCCUCCGGUACCUGAUGGCAGGAAUCAGCGACGAGGACUCUCUGGCCAAACGGCAGCGGACACAUGACCAGUGGAUGAAGCAGACGUUUGAGGAAGCCGACAAGAAUGGAGACGGCCUGCUGAACAUCGACGAGAUUUACCAACUUCUUCACAAGUUAAAUGUUAAUCUGCCGCGCAGGAAGGUCAAGCAGAUGUUUCAGGAAGCAGACACAGAUGAUCAGCAGGGCACGCUGACGUACGAAGAGUUUUCCGUUUUCUACAAGAUGAUGUCUCUUAGACGGGACCUGUUCCUGUUGAUGAUGGCGUACAGUGACAGGAAGGACCACCUGACAUCGGAGGAGCUGGCCAACUUUCUGCACAACGAGCAGAAGAUGACCAGUGUGACUUCAGAGUACGUUGCAGAAAUAAUUAACAAGUUUGAGAUGUCUGACGAGAAUAAACAAAAAGGCGUUCUGGGGAUUGAUGGUUUCACAGGCUUUAUGCGCAGUCCAACCUGUGAUAUAUUCAACCCGCUGCACCACGAGGUGAACCAGGACAUGGAGCAGCCUCUGUGUAACUACUUCAUCGCCUCGUCCCAUAACACGUACCUGACCGGAGACCAGCUCCUGUCCCACUCCAAGACCGACAUGUACGCCUGGGUGCUGCAGUCCGGCUGCAGAUGUGUGGAAGUUGAUUGUUGGGAUGGUUCUGAUGGAGAGCCGAUGGUCCAGCAUGGAUACACUCUGACCUCCAAGAUCCCCUUCAAGUCCGUCAUCGAGACCAUCAAUAAAUACGCCUUCGUAAACAACCAAUUUCCAGUGAUUCUCUCCAUCGAGAACCACUGUAACAUCCAGCAGCAGAAGAAGAUCGCGCAGUACCUGCGAGACAUCUUCGGAGACAAACUGGACGUGGGAGGUGUGCUGAGCAGAGACUCCACAACGUUACCAAGUCCCCAAAGCCUGCAAGGAAAGAUUCUCAUCAAAGGGAAGCGCCUGCCCGCCUAUCUGUCCGCGGAUGCCGAGGAGGGGGAGGUGUCGGAUGAUGACAGCGCAGAUGAAAUUGAGGAAGACUUCAAGCUCAAAAACAGUAAUGACAACGGCCAUCAUCAAGUGGAGUCUCACAUCAGAAAGAAGCUGGACUCUCUUCUGAAAGAGUCUCAGAUCGGAGACAAGGAGGACAGCGACAGCUUCAGCAUCCGAGCUCUGCUCCGAGCCACGCAUCAAGGCCUUCAGAAGAACCUCCGGCAGAGCUCCAACAGGGUUCUGAAGAAAUCCCACAGCAGAUCUCUUAUCACAACGCUCAAACAGAAGAGGCACUCCAGAUCUAGGCUGUCGUGCCAAAGCGUGGAGAAGGAGGAAGAGGUUCAGGAGAGGUCCGGGAGGGAGGCCGGAGGACAGUUCAACAGGGGUGGAAGAAAGAGGAAGACGAUGAAACUGAGCAGGGAUUUGUCCAACUUGGUGGUGUUCACCAAUUCCUUAGCCUCUCAGGAGUGUUUAAACGAAGGUACUCCAGGUGAUGUUUUGUCGUUCAGCGAGACCAGAGCACAAUCUCUGGUCAAUCACAGGACCGAGCAGUUUCUUGCUUUUAACCAGAGGCAGCUGUCACGGAUUUAUCCCUCGGCCUAUCGCAUCGACUCGUCUAAUUUUAACCCUCAGUUUUACUGGAACGUGGGCUGUCAGUUGGUGGCACUAAACUAUCAGACCGAGGGGCGGAUGAUGCAGCUCAACAGAUCCAAGUUUAUGGUGAACGGGGGAAUCGGUUACGUCCUGAAGCCACCUCCCAUGUGUAAAGGCUCCUUCAACCCAUUCAGUGAUGACCCACUUCCAGCUUACCCCAAGAAGCAGCUCAUUCUCAAGAUCAUUAGUGGACAACAGCUGCCGAAACCACCAGACUCCAUGUUGGGUGACCGUGGGGAGAUUAUUGAUCCGUUUGUUGAAGUGGAGAUCAUCGGUUUGCCGGUCGACUGCUGCAAGGAACAGACGCGAGUUGUUGAUGACAAUGGUUUUAAUCCAGUAUGGGAAGAGUCGCUGUCUUUUACACUUCACAUGGCUGAGCUGGCACUUGUGCGUUUCCUAGUCUGGGACCAUGAUCCAAUUGGACGAGACUUUAUUGGUCAAAGGACUGUUGCCUUCAGUAGCCUGAUGCCUGGUUAUAGACAUGUUUACUUGGAGGGACUGACUGAAGCUUCCAUCUUUGUGCACGUGUCAGUGCACGAUGUUUACGGGAAGUGGAGCCCUCUUGUCCUGAAUCCCAGCUUUACCAUUAUGCACUUUUUAGGAGCUAACAAGGGUAAUCAUCUGCGAGGUAUUCGUGGUUUCUUCAGUCGCUCUUCCAAGUCCUCUGUGGACACAAACACCAGCGGUCUUCGAAAGCGCUCCAUUAGCGACCACCUACUGCGCCGCACAGCCAGUGCCCCAGCGAAGGGACGGAAGAAGACAAAAAUGACGUUGUCUGAGUCAGUAGCCUCAAUUUCUGACCACAAGAAUGGCACUGGUGCAGGAGCAGGAGCAGGAGCAGAGGGAGCAUCAGGGAAGGAAGGAUGGGUGGAGAACCCUCUCCAGCCUAGAGCGCCACUUAUCCACAGGCCCAUUUCCACGCCAUUAGACAGACUUCUGCAAGGGCAGCUGUCCAUCUGUUCUCCAGACAAGGAACAGCAUGAUGUGGGAGCAGAUACUGUCAUUAUUGAGAACUGACUAGGAUAUUUCUGCAGGAGUAUGCCAGUUCAACAAGCCCAGGUCUUCCUCUGUGGACCUUCUCUUUGAGUCAUCGUUAACCACUGAAUCAAU